GCAAAGUUCUCUCUCUAUCACAUCAAACAUUUCAAAAACUAAAAAGUCUGCUGAAGACAGGCAAGAGUCUAGAACCUUAACCAAAUUUCAAAAGGAGAAGACUACCGGUGCCAUGGCCUGCAACAUUUUCAAUGAGCUACGCCUGGAAGAGAAACUCUGCGAUGUGGUCAUCAAAGUUGAGGGAGUUGAGUUCAGUGCCCACAAGACUAUCCUGUGUGGAUGCAGCUCGUAUUUCCGUGCUCUGUUCACCAGUGGCUGGAACCCCUGCGAGAAACGUAUGUACACAAUCCCAGGUGUAUCUCCUGAGAUUAUGAGGAUGCUCAUCGAGUACGCUUACACCCGGACCGUCCCGGUCACGGCGGACAACGUGGAGUUGCUCCUAGAGGCAGCAGACCAGUUCUCCAUCCUGGGCAUCGUGCAGGCCUGCUGCCACUUCCUGGAGACCCAGCUGUGUCUGGAAAACUGUAUCGGCAUCUGCAAGUUUGCCGACUUCUACUCCUGCCCGGAGCUGCAGCGCCGAGCACUGUUCUUCAUCCUGGCCCACUUUGAGGAAAUCGUCUGCUGCUCCCAGGAGUUCCUGGAGCUGUCUCUGGCCCAACUCCUCGACCUCAUCAAGAAGGACGACCUGAACGUGAGGCAGGAGAACACUGUGUUUGAGGCCAUCCUGCGCUGGAUCGACCACACUCCUGCCAGCCGCAGGCACUGGAUCUCUGUGCUACUGCCAAAGGUGCGAAUGGCUUUGAUGAAUGCUGACUACUUCAUAAACCAUGUGAGGAACAACUCCCUGGUGAAGGGCAGCGAUGAAUGCAAACCCAUCAUCCUCAACGCCUUAAAGGCCAUAUACGAACUCAACAUGCACGGCCCCUCCAUUUCCAGUAAUCCGCUGAGGCGACCUCGCCUGCCUUACGCCAUCCUACUAGCUAUCGGCGGCUGGAGUGGAGGCAACCCGACCAAUGUCAUCGAAGCAUACGACACGAGGGCCGACCGUUGGGCGACCAUAGCGCAGGAAGAGAGCCCACGGGCUUACCACGGUGCUGUGUACCUCAACGGCUUCGUCUACUGCUUAGGCGGCUUUGACAGCGUGGAAUACUUCAACAGCGUCCGCAAGUUCAACCCCAUCACGUGCACCUGGCACCAAGUUGCGCCCAUGCACUCGCGGCGCUGCUACGUCAGCGUGACAGUGUUGGACGGCUGCAUUUAUGCCAUAGGCGGCUUCGAUGGCUACGGGCGUCUUACAAGUGUGGAGCGGUACGAGCCUGAGACAAACCAGUGGACCCUGGUAGCACCGAUGCACGAGAAGAGGAGCGAUGCCAGUGCCACCACACUGCAUGGCAAGGUGUACGUCUGUGGAGGCUUCAAUGGGACCGAGUGCUUGUUCAAUGCAGAGAGCUACUGUCCCAAGACUAACCAAUGGACCCCGAUUGCACCUAUGAGUCGCCGCCGCAGUGGGGUCGGCGUCAUUGCAUACAAGGAGCACGUCUAUGCAGUCGGAGGCUUUGACGGCGCCAACCGUCUAAAGACCGCAGCGGUCUACAACCCACUGGACAACACCUGGCGCGCCUUGCCCACCAUGUUCAACCCGCGCAGCAACUUUGGCAUCGCCGUGGUGGAUGACCUGCUCUUCGUGGUGGGCGGCUUCAAUGGUUUCAACACCACCUACAACGUGGAGUGCUACGACGGGAAGACAGACGAGUGGUAUGACGCCCACGACAUGCCCACUUUCCGCAGUGCCCUCGGUUGUUGCGUCGUGCCCGGCCUGCCUAACGUGGCACAGUAUGCUGCCCCCCGCGACUCCCCAAUGUUGCUUGCUGACGAAUGGAACACACCUUCCAAGACCAGGCUGGCCUCAAACCUAUAGACAAGUACAUCCUUCCCAUUCCCCACGAUAAGACUAGAAAAAAAGAGAGGAUAUUUUGCUUAGGAAAUAAAUAUAUUAAGAUAACUGUUUGGAGUAAAACAUUUUAGCUGAUUGUUUGCAUUAUACAUCUGACAUACCAAAAUAAAACACAUUCAGCAUCUUCACAGACAACAGAUAUAGACCGCCUAAUUAUAUGAAAUAUCUUUUUUUUUUUUUUAUUGCAAAUGGCGGUAUUCUCAGAGCUCGUUCUGCAUUUUAAAGCGAAUACAC